CGUUGUAAGACGAUUCCUGCAAGCAGGUCUCGUAAAGAUGCCUCUGAACUACUCGAAGUGGGAUGCCCUUGAGAUCUCAGAUGACUCUGACAUUGAGGGACACCCGAACGUAGACAAGAACUCUCUCAUCCGAUGGAAGCAGCGCGAUAUCCAUGAGAAGCGCGAGGCGCGCAAGGCGAGGAUCGCCUACCUGCAAGCCCAGAUCGCCUGCAACAAGGUCAUCCAUCCGCGCAUAACCACCCUCCUCGCCGAGUACGACGAGAACACGAAGUCCAUGCCCGGCACGAAGUACUUCAACAACCUGAUCGAGCAGAUGCAGGCGAACCCAUCGAAGGAGUGCCCCCCGGGAAACGAUCCCAACAAGAUCGAGCAGACGUACGAUGGGAUGAUCCUCAAUCUGCUGCAGCAGGUCGCGGACCAGGCGCGCAAGAAGGUGAAGGAGUCGAAUGCGACGACGGACAGUGAGAAGGAGGAGCGCGCGACGAAGGAGAUUCACGACGGACUUGCUUUCCAUGUUGCGGAACUCGGCAAGGAGAUCGCGAGGCACGAGAAGGAGCUUGAGGAGGAGUUGAAGGAGCAGAAGAAGCACAUUACGAUGGACGAUAUCCACGAGGGCUUCAGCACCAAGUAUACCCCACACAAGGAGCCCGAGCCGCCUGCGCCUCUGCCCGUCACCAAGCCGAAGAAGGAGAAGACGAAGGCCAAGAAGCAAGAGAUUGAGGUCCUGAACGCCGGCGCGUCCUCAUCCGCAGGCGCGGGCCCAUCCUCAUCAACAGCCGACGCCGAGUCGAGCGACGACGAGGAAGGCGUGCCCGAGCUGUCCGCGACCCUCGAGGCGUUCUCGAAGCUGCCAUUACGCGGCUACGAGAAGUCCUGGGAGUUCAUCCAAAACCACCGCGACGUCUUUGUACCUGGCGCCUCGGACGCUCUGCUCGUCGCCGGCUUCCGCGCGCAGAACCAGGGCAACGCAAAAUACGCGAAGCAGUGUGUACACCAAAGCUUGUUGAUUCAGUACUGCGAGAAGCUGGGAGGCGAUGGCCCGCGGCUGUUCUUCAAUAGAAUGAUCAAGGGCGACAAGCGCGCCGAAGGCGUCUUCCUCGACGACGUCGAGAAGACCUACGCCGCCAUCGUCCAACGCGUCGAGGUCGCCCGCCAAGAGGACGCCGAGGCCGGCGAACCCAAAGAGCAAAUCCAGCUCGUCCCCGAGAACCCCGAGACGCAGAUCUCCUUCAACGUCCCCGACGGCCCGCCGCCCGAGCACCUCGUCCUCGAGGGUCCGGGCACGGAGGACCUCGACAUCGAGGAGGUGCGCAAGGCGCUGCAGAUGCGGUGGGACGUGUUCCAGGCGUUCCCGGAGGAUCUGCAGGCGGCGCUCAAGGACGGCUCGUUGGAGGCGGUGAAUAAGGUGCUGGGGGAGAUGGAGGUGCCGGUGGCGGAGCAGGUUGUGGAGAGCUUGAAUUUGGCGGGUAUUCUGAACUUCGCGGAUGGCGGAAUACGGGAUGAGACGGGGCAGGGGGCUGAGGCGUGAAGGGCAUGAGGUUAAGAGAGAGCGUAACGUGCAUGUACUUGUGGCAUAUCAUGUUCAAUGUAUACUUACCACGCAUACGGAUGCGUAGAGUCCCAUAGGAAGUUCAUUCUGCGAUCGUACCCUGCCUUCUUAUCACUAUUUCCCUUUGGUGUUGAAUGUGCUCCGGGAGGUUUAGCACACGUGGAAGUCACGGGAACCUGAUUUGGCUAUUGAUGGCACCUCAUGAUUUUGAUGCCUUCGUUCUUCCCUC